UUUCUUCAGUUUUAAUGAAAUAUGGUUAAAAAGUUUGAAUUUUGUUACCAUGAGUUUCAGUCUGAUCCAAUAUGGAAGUAUGAGGAUCAAAAUAAUUCAAAUGCUUGCAUAGUUAUUGAUAAUGGAAGUCAUUCUUGUAGAGCUGGCUGGUCUACAGAUGAGCAACCAAAAUUAGUUUAUCGCAACCUAAUGGCAAAAUUGCGAACCAAAAAAGAAAGCGACAUUAUUUCAACUUUUUACGGAAAUGACAUCAGAGAUCUUGAGGAUUCUAAAUGGAAUAUUCUCACUCAAUUUGAUUCUGAUGUUGUUGCACAUUUUGAUACUCAAGAGUUUGCAUUUGACUAUCUUUUUACACACUUAGGUAUCAAUACAAAUGGUGCUGUGAACCAUCCUAUUUGUAUAUCUGAAGCAAUAUGUAUUCCAAAUAAUUUUAGACAUAAUAUGACAGAAUUACUUUUUGAAGGUUAUUGUGUACCUAAAAUUGUGUAUGGUAUUGACUGUCUUUUUAGUCUGAACUAUAAUAAGCCUGAUUUGCAAGAUGGAAUAGUAAUUCGAUGUGGAUACCAAACUAGUCAUGUUUUACCUAUUUUAAACUCUAAGUUUGAUGCUGUUGCAUGCAGGCGUUUAAAUUUAGGUGGUUUAAAUAUGAUGAUUUAUAUGAACAGACUUCUGCAUUUAAAAUACCCUAAUCAAUCAGCCUUAUUUAAUCUUUCUGGAUCUCAAAAUCUUUUGAUUGAACAUGCAUAUGUUGCAAGUAAUUAUGCAGAAGAACUUAAAAAGUGGCAAAAUAAGCAAUAUGCAGAAUCAAAUAGUGUAAGCUUACAAGUUCCAGUUAUUAAUGCAACUAAUGAAAAAGAGCUUGAGAUGCGUAGAAUACAAGCCCAAAGAUUAAAAGAUAUAAACCAAAAGAAACGUGAAGAAAAAAUUAAAGUUGAACGAGAAGAACUGCGUAAGUUUGAGUGUAUUAUGAAACUAGCUGAAGAAAGUCAGUCUCAUUUUAAAAGUAAAUUAGUAGAGGAAGGUUUAAAAAAUGAGUCACAGCUCUCAAGUGUAAUUCAAAGUUUACGAGAAAAAAUUUCAGAGCGAGAAGAAAAAAGUGUACAAUAUUUUCGAGAGUUAAAUGAGGGAGUGAGUUUCGUUGCAAAAAAUAAUGAAUCAACUUCAAUUGAAGAUGUGGAAAAACUUAUAGACGAGCUAGAAAAUAAGUCAUUAGAGAUAAUGGACAGAAAAUAUUCUAGAAACUUAAGAAAACAAGCUCUAAAUAAGCGCAAAAGCUAUGCUUCAAAAGAACGUAUGCGUAUAUUAAGCCAGUUAGCAAAAAGUGGUAAAAACACAAAUAAUGGCUCAUCAAAAAUAGAAAAAGAAGAUACUUUUGGAAUGAAAGAUGAGGAUUGGGAUGUUUAUAAAUUUAUAAGUAAAGAUGGUGAUGAUUCAGAAGAUGAGCAGGAUGAUGAGAAAUUAACAGAAAUAAAACAGAAUCUUGGUCACUAUCAAUUAUUACUAAAUAAGCUUAUGGUUAGUAAAGGACAAAAAUUUCAGCAAUUACCAUUAAUAACUGAACUUACACGUGUACCUGAAAUAUUAUUUCAGCCAAGUAUAGUUGGAAUAGAACAAGAUGGAUUAGUCUCAAGUAUAUGCUAUGUUUUGCAAAACUAUGAUAAAGAAACUCAACAAAGAAUGAUAAAAAAUAUAUUUCUUACUGGUGGUAUAUCCAAACUUAAGGGUUUUAAAGAACGUUUGACACAAGAUCUUAUGGCUGUUUUGCCUUUUCAAUCUGAAUUUAAUAUAUAUGAAGCUAAAGAUUGUUUAAAGGAUGCUUGGUAUGGUGCAAAAAAGUUUAUUAAUACCUCUGACAUUGGUAGUAUUGCAAUAGAUAAAAAAGACUAUGAAGAAAAAGGAAUUGGUUACCUAAAAGAGCAUAAGUGCUCAAAUCACUUUUAUACAUUGUCAGUAUAAAACAUGUUUCAUUCAUCAUUCUCUGCAGCUUUAGUUGAAUUAUCAGAAUGAUGUCAAUAUUUAUCUCCGUGAAGUUAUAUUAUCUCCGUGGAGUUAAUCAGCAGAUGUCUAUGCAGAGCAACUAUAAAAGAGCAGCAAAUAAUUUUUAAUAUCUGCUGUGUUAUCGAGAGCAAUCAAUCUUCAAAUAUUAAAUUUGAAAAUUUCAUUUUUAACAGAUCGAUACAUUCAAAAACAGAUACAUGUUAAGAA